UUCUCUUUGAUUUUCAGCCAUCUUAAGUUGUGCAAUGUAUAAUCAUAAAGUAUCUGUAUGUGUGAAUUAAUAAUAAAGUAUCUGCUUUCUGAAAUUUCAUUACACUUUGUAUUUGUGAAUAUCUUUAAAUUUAGAAUUAAUCGAAUUUCUGUGUAAAUAAUUUCAUAAACUUAGCGUUUAAAAUGAGAAGGGUAGGUGGAAACCGAGGAACCGGUAAUAGCGCUCGUGGCAACUCUUACAACCAAUAUUCCGAUAGAGAUCAAGGUUUUUCGGGUUUUUCCAACAAUGAUUCUUCCCGACAAAACACUAUGUAUUCCAACUCGUCGACACCUUUUUCGAAUCAAUACCAAGACAUGGAUAUCGAAUAUGAGAUAUUUAAAAGAAAACGGCAGAUGAUCCAACAAGAACAUGAAUUGCUUGAUAGAGAAAGGGAAUUUGUUGCAAAGAGAGCAUAUGAAUAUCAGAAUCCUACAAGUUCAUAUAGUUAUCCAACAAAUGACUAUAGUCAGAACUUAUACCAGCAGCAAGGCUUUAAACGUCAGGCUGUUGAGGAUUCACCACGAAGGCAUUUUAAUCAACGACAAAAUCAAUCACCAAGAAUCAACCCCUGGGCAAAUGGGGCAGAAACAACAAUUCACCAGCAACAGACAAGUUACUCCACUAAACUCCCAUCACUCUUGCAUAUUGCAUCAAAAUAUCCUUCUUCAAAAUUCAAUUCGAGACCCAAAUAUUUUCCAAAGCAGGAACAACAGUUCCCUAAGCAGGAAAAACCAUUUCCUAGGAAGAAUUUUAACCCUACAAGGGUCACAAAGUCAACUGUACGUUCUGCAUACAUUAAGCCAAAGCCCAAUAAGCCUGCAUUUAAUCCAUUAACAAAGGACAUAGUUCUUCGUCCUUCUGUGCCUCCCUCAAAUAAAGUUAAAGGCAGAUUAGAAUUAGCCCUUGGAGAAAUAGUAAAAUUGGUUAAAAUAUCAGCUACUGAACAAGAAUUAAUGAAAUUAACAUCUAAUGCCGAGAGGGUCAUGAAGAGAAUUAUCCGUGAGAGAAUAUGGUCUCUUAUGAUGAACAAACCUGUUAAAUUCUCUGAGGGUAUUGUCAAACUUUACCGUGAGAAAUAUCCGGAAAGUACUGACCAAGAAAUAAUCAAAGCUGCCUUGGAAUUGCAGAGCUGUUCCUUCACAAAUUUUGAUUCUGUGCCUAUAUCAGAUACAGAUACACCAGAGGUGUUCAUCAAGGCAAAUUUCUUGCGAAUACUGUCAGACAAAAUACGUUCUGUUUCCGUCCAAUUAACAAAAGCCAAAACUGAAGUGAGUGACGUAGUGAUAGUUGAUGACGCCUCUGUCGAUUCGGAAGUAGAGAAAAAAGAUGAUGAAAAACCUAUUGAUGUUGAUGACGUCGUAGUAGAGAAAAGUAACAAUCAAGAUACUAUUGAUGUUGAUGAAGUAGAAGUGGAGAUAAAAGAUAACAAAGAACCUAUUGACGUCGAUAAGCUCGAUGAAGAGAAAAAAGGUGAUCAAGAACCAAUUGAUGUUGAUGAAGAAAUGUCACCUGAUGUGGAGAAAGAUAUGGCAACUAUAAAAGAAUACAAAGAACUUGUAAACCAUAUGCUUAAUGGAAAGGUUGACCGAGCUAUGGCAAGGCUUAAGGAUAGCUUUUUAAGAAUGCUGAAUGAAGACCAGGAUUUUAUUGAAGAGAAACGUAAAAUUGAGGAAGACACGGUGAAUAUGGCCACUGAAAUAUUGUUAGAAAAAAUGAAGCAUAGAAACAGUCCGAAGAAAAAUGACGAUGUAAUUGAGGUGAUUAAUGACAAUAGUCCGAUUGACUUAACAUCUGACAAGGAUGAUGAGGGGGUUUGUGAAGGCCCUAUAGCCGACAAGCCUGAAAAUGAUUCACCAUUUUAUGUCAAGGUGAUUGGUCAACCUAAACUGCCCACGCGAUCUGCAUGCUACAAGUUCCUACGGCAAUUUAACCCCGGGCCUAUCAAGAAACAUAAGACCAUUCCCAAUUUGUUGGUCGUAUGUCUCAAAAAUAAGGAGGAUUAUGAGAAAAUUUUGCUUAAAAGUGGAACUGUUAUAGGAUAUGAUAAACUCAUUGUAAAUUCGGGUGAACUUGUGACCCCAGAAGCCCAGACUCAAAAAGAUCAACAGAAAAAGGAUGACAUUCAAACCAUUGACACAAAGCAAGACCAAGAGAAAUCAGAAUCUGUCGUUGAUGAACCCUCUGGUACAGAUUCAGCAAAAGCAUAUGAAGAAAACCAAUCAGAUGGUGAUAAAAAUGAUACUGAGACAGAUGAAAGUAACAGCCUGAAUAUAAGUGAUACCCUUGAUGCUCAAAUAACUUCUCUUCUAACUGCAGUCAGAAAAGAAUCUGAAUGUGAAAGUAAUAAAAAGGAAAUAGACACUGCAGAAGUUAUUAAUCUUACCGACACAAACCAUGAAGAACCAAAUAAUGAUGACAAUAUAGGCGAAAGUGUCUCCAAAGUUAAUGCUGCUGAAAAUCAAGAUAAUACUGAUGAUCAAGACAAUGAAAUUGAAAAGCAGGAUAAAAAAAUUGCAGGUAUCACUAAUGAGAGUGGACCAGCAACUCCAGUUAAAGCUGCAACUAGACUGGCCAAUUCAACUCCUAGCUCAAUAAGAACUAGAAGAGCAAGUCGUCUGGCAAAAUAAUUAAUUUUGAAGUAAUUAAGAUAUGCUUGCACUUUUAUUUAAACUCAAUUGUGUGUAAGAACAUAAGUGAUUGAAACAUUGAAAAGGUGUUCGAGUUGUAUUUCAAAAUAAUUAUAAUUACAUAAAAAUGUUA